GAGACUUGUCGCACGGUUUGAAGAAGGAAACGGAGGGAGCGAAUAAUAAAACUGAUCAGGACUUCUAUAAUUUAUAGUAAAACCAACUUUUCAAAGAUGACAGCUCGUGAUUAUAUGUUUCCUGUGCUGGCUGUGGAGGACAUUGUUGACUACUGCAGAAUAACUUACCCAGAUCUACAUCUCACAGAAGGCGAUUUCAAGAAUCCACAGCCUGCAAAACUUCAGCGUUUUUACCUUUUGGUAUUGGAAGACACAAGUGGAAUCAAUCCGGAUCAACUUGGACAAGCCCAGUUUCAUGAGACUGAUGUGUUUGAACAUCCCACUGUUUACGAGGAGGCUGUGCCACUCUUGAAAUUCACACUGUCCAUGCAAAGGUUGAUGUAUGCUUGUGGGGUGCAAGAUUUCAAGCUAAGGGACCUGGUUGAACCAAAACCAAAGAGAACAGUCAGAUUGGUCAGUGCUUUGAUCAACUUCAGCAGGUUUCAAAACCAAAGAAUGGAGGAAGUUGAAAGACUUAAGAAUGAAAAUGCAGCAGUGAAAGAACAGCAUGAGCAGUUAUUAAGAGUUAAUGAUGAGUUAAAGACAAAGAUUAACCAUAUUAGAGCAUCCAGGGCAGAACAAGAACCAGAAUUGAAAAAGCUUCAAGGAGAAUUUGAAGAAAUGAGUAUGAAAAUUGAGAAGCACCAUAAAGAUCAACUUGCUCUGCAGAAGACACUGAAAGAGAUGAAAGAGGGCAUUGCAGAGAAAAAGGCUUCCAUUGAUCAUCUUAAAGUCCAAAUGCUAAGUGCCAAAGAAGAGGGUGAUCGGCUAUCAAGGCAGAUUGUCCAGUCCCCUGAGCGAAUGAAGACAGAAGGGGAACGCAUGAGAAACCAACUGAUGCAGCUGAAGAUGACGAAAGAAGAGCGACAGCAGAGGGGUCUGGAACUUAGGCAACAGGUGGAGCGUCUGGAACAGAUCGACAGCCACUGUGAACAGGGGGUCAAACUCAUCACUGGAAUAGAUGCAGAGCUGGAGAGGGAAAGGGAGGUGUUGGCAGAAGUGACCAAUAUCAGGGACAGGGUCCAGAGCCAAAAAGAUGUCCUGAGAGACCUAACCGCCAAAGAGCAGCAGCUGCGGCGCAUGCUGUCCACCAAACAGGAGAAGAUGGCCAAGUUAAAUAUCCAACUUCAGAACAAGGUGUCUGCUGGCAUGGAGACGCUGGAACAGUACAAACAGGAAAGGGCACAUUAUGCAGCCUUGCAAAGUGAAGAUGAAUCACAGAAAAAAGCUAUAGAACAACAAAAGCAAGCACUAAUGGAAGAGGCAGCAAAUAACAGGAAACGACAUGAGAAGCUUAUGACUGAGAUGGCACAUGAAAAGUCGCAGUUGCUGGAACAGCUGGAUUCCUACCAUACCACACUAGGUAUCAAAUGGCAAGAAGUGGCACAGAAGAUCCAGGCUAAUUCAUAAGAGAUGAUUCGAGUGCCAAGUUUUGCCAAAAUUCAAGAGGGACUCUUUAUCUACCUUGAUCUAAAGCAUAGACAUUUGGGUACUGGGUAUGUAAGCCACUGUGUGCUGAACACUGCCAUCACCAUGAGACAUAGCUUCUGUUAUGAUUAAAAUCCCAAAUAACAAGACACUGUAUAUUCAAACUGCUAAAUGCCAAAGCAGUACUAUUACUUUGUUUGGGAAAUGUUUAUGGCAGUUUGAGAUUCAAUUACUGAUUGCUAUCGUAAUCACCUCUCCAUUUUUGAUCGAAACUUGGUGGUUUAAUUGUGGUGUAGAAUUGUCGCCUGCUGUAUUCCUAGUCAGGAAUUUUGUCAUCUGAACACCCCCUUAGAUUUGCUGUAUAUAUUGUAAAAAAAGUAAAUGCCAAAACAGAUUUUCAUGAAAGGCUAUUGUAAAUAUAUCAUUUUAUAAAAAACAGAACUGUUAGAAUAUUGUAUAUCAAGGAAACCAAAUAAGGCAGUCGUUGGCAGGUUAUAGUGUGCCAAUAAUGUAAUGACACUCAAAAUAUUUCCACGAGAAGAGGUUAUAUUUUUUGAUUACAUUCACAAUAUAUAUUCCUUGUUGUAGUAUUUUCUUUUCCCGUUUUCAAGUUUUGUACAGACACAUUUAUGAAUAAGAUUGUUCAUGAUUCCAAAAAAAUAGGAUUUCCUGAUGUAUUAGUAAUUAUGGUAAUCACUUACUUUGGAACAAUUAUUAGUGCAUCAUAAAGCUGAAUGAAGUUGUCUUUGCAUUUGUUAGUUUUAGCUGGCUUGAUCUCUUUUUUGUAAGUCAUUCAUUUGUGAUUGUACAUAAAUGGUUGAUGCAGUUACAGACUUAUUAAUUUGUUGUUAAAAAUUGCAAGUUACAUUAGAUUGCAAAAGACGUGAUAGUAAAACACUUCUUUAUUAUGUAAUAUAUACACAUGUACAUAGGGAUACAUACAUAUCUAUAAAUAAAUAGCAUUAU